UUUUGCAAAAUGUUAUUCCAAACACCUCUUUGCACAAACAGCAAAUGAAACAUCUCAUUUAAGAAGAAAAGGCAGCACAUUAGUCCCCUUCUUUAAAAGAAAACUCUACUUACUUUCUGUUUAAUUUUUUCUCAAGUUUUAGAAAGUGUCAUCAAAAAAGGAUUAGCAUUUGGAGGACAUAAAUAAACUUCAGCAAGCUUGCCUUUUUCCAAAAAUAGAACCAAAUACUACUCCUGUCUGGUUCUUGAUUUUCAAGAUUUUUUAACCAACUGUUUCUUUUUUGUAUCUGCAGGCACCAGAACAGGAACCUGCAGUAAUACUAAUUGUUUAGCCAGAUGAAAAGAAACAUUUAUGACUUGGGCGAUGGAGAAUUUGCAGCAGCAAUUGCAGCUACCGCGUUUGCUAUAUGUUCCCUUGAAGAAAAUGCUGGCUCUCAAUAUCAGACAAAAACAAGAGGACCUGUUAUUAGGCCAGCAGAAGCAGCUCCAAUGAGAAGGCCAUCCACGAUGAAUGGUAAAACUUCAGCAGAAAUAGUGGCCAUAACUCCUGCUGCUAAUGAUAAAAUGCAAAAGGGAAUUUCAAGAGGAAGCAGAACUGCUGAAAACAAAGCUGAUGCUUGGGAGAAAGCUCAGAUAGCCAAAAUAAGAAAGCGACAUGAUGAACUUGUUUCUGCGCUUCUUGCUUGGGAGAAUCAAAAGAAGAUGAUGGCGAAACAACAAAUGGAAAGGAGAAAGAAUCAAGUGGAGCUUGCUAUGAAAAGGAAUUUGCAGCAUUACAAGAACAAACUAGUGAGGAUUGAUCAGAUUGCCAACGGAGCAAGAACACAAGCAGAAGAGAAAAGAAGAUAUGAAGAAUCUAAAGUGAAAGAAAAAUCAAAUAAGAUUAGAUUAACAGGGACUGGACCUGUUACAUGUUACUGCUUCUAACUGUAAAAAAGUGUACAAAACCCGAAAAUGAAUCCUGAUCUGAAACUCUAUUAACACAAGAAUUAUACUCACUCAUUGUUUUUA